AUGUUUAUUUUGGACCAGAAACUGGUAAAUCUCAGAUCCAUGGAGUAUGUUUGCGAAUAUUGUAGCAAAAGGUUUUCUAAAAGUUUCAACCUAAAACGACACAUUUCUGCUAUGCAUUCCAGCCCAUCGAUCAAGUCAGGAAAAACAGACAGAUUUAUAUGUCAAUUCUGUUCUAGAAGUUACCUAUAUAAAAGGUCUUUGUUUGCCCAUUUAAAAAUAUGCCAAUCAAUUGAUAGGAAACCACAACUUUUCUACUACAGCUGUUGUUUGUGCAAGGCGAUUGAUAUUCAACAUAUUUUAGAACAUUAUAGUGUUGAACAUAAUUUAGAUUUAUCUGUAUUAAAACUUGCUUUUGAUACCCAGCAGGAAUUUAAUAGUUGGAAGGAUGAUAUAGAGAAGAGCACUAUAUCUAAGUAUAUCCAGAAUUGUAAAAGGGAAUAUACCUACAAAGUAAUGUAUUACUAUCGAUGUCACAGGAAUGGAUAUCACAAAAGCAAGAGUAAAAAUAUCAGGAACAUAAAGCGUUUAGGUAGUAGCAAAAUAAACGGCUAUUGCCCGUCAAAAAUCACCGCCACUAUUUGCAACAAAACCGGCAGAGUGACGGUAGAUUAUAUACCGACCCACGUUGGACAUACCAUGGACUUGAGACGAAUUCCUCUGAAAAAAGCAGAACGAGAUAUUCUAGCCGCAAAAAUAAGCCAAAAAAUACCGUUUGAUACAAUACUUCAAGAUAUUAGGAGGGAUAAUGUUGCCGAAAAUAACUGUAACCGUCUCCAUCUGUUGACCAGACAAGAUUUGGUGAAUAUUGAAAAGUCUUUUAACCUCAAUAACGAAUCGGUAAGACAUAGUAAGACAGAAAUUAGGAAAAGUAAAUCUACAAGUAUCGAGAAUAAUUCUAGUAGUUAUGAAUCCGCUUUGAACCACAACAUUGUUGAAGUUGUGGAUCGAGAAGUGGAACAAGAAGAAGAACAUGAAGAAGGGGAACAUGUAGAAGGGGAACAUAAAGAACAAGUUGAGGAACAUGAAGAAGAGGAACAAGCAGACUCUUGUAUUUUGGAACUAUGGACUCAAGAAGCAUGUGAAAGUGAUACUAUUGCUGCACCUGACAUUAUUAAUAGUGUUAAGAAGAGAUUAAUAAAUCAAUUUCAUAAUGUCAUAAGUAUGGCUGCAACUUUAGAGCAGUGUGCGUUAAUAGAAAGUGUUUUGUUCCCUCUUGAGUCUGAAAUUGCCGAUAUGGUUUCCACUACAACAAAUUUAAAUGCUACUAAAGAGGUAUAA